CGGCGGCACUUUUAAGUCCAGGCGUGCUGCCUGAUGACCAUGCUGAACGCCUCAUAGGCUGCACCUUUUCUUAAAGGUCUGAGAUCCCGCUGAUGGACGCAUAUUGCGGGGAUGAGCUUGGACGCGUUGCGUGUGGCCGCGUGCGAGCUCUCCGCGGGUGCUCCACGGGCCACGCAUGCGCGUCAUGUCGCGCUUACCAAGAGCUUACUCCAAGUCUUCUCCACCGACCUCAGAAGCUAACCCAAAGUGCGUCUUGUUCUCGGUCAAAUAACAUUCAUGAACUGCAGAUGCGCCCAUGUCUAUCUUGAGAGCAACGAGCGCCGCUGAGCCUCACCAUCGUAACAGGGCUGGUCGCGAACCGGCUGUGAUCCAAGGAGAUGUGAUCGUGCUGUUCCUUCUGAUUGGAGUGUGUAUCUGGAUAUGGCACGCUGCAUUUCGGAAAACACCAGAGCUCGAGGCUCCCCAUGGGUUCUUGCAGAGACAGCUUGAUGCGUGCCCCUUCACCAUCCGUCAAAUCAACAGAACUACGUUUUUGAUCCGCGAACUUGACCGUUUCGACGAAAACCCCAACAUCUAUGUGAAGAAACAUACGGAGAUUCUCGCAGAUGGGCGAACAGUAAAUUUACUCAUCGUCAACGAUACCGGCUGCGGCACCUCCGUCUCAAGCAAACUAUCCCGCACCGGCCAAUGGAACAUCCGCACCUUCAUCGACCACCACCUCAACCCGUCUUCCUCAAUCCCCUAUCUCGUCAUCCUCUCGCAUUGCCACUACGACCACAUUCUCGGCCUCAAUCCGAUCCUCCGACCCACCCACAUGACUCAUUCGACACGCACCCUAAUCGUAUCGUCCGGCUACGAUCCCUCCUUCAUUGCCCCCAGCAAUCUGCGCAAACACUCGCUGUGCGCUGACCUGGGUCUCCGCUUGCCCCCUUACCAUACCAGUGUAUGGGCGCAGCACGCCCAGUCCUUGGACGUCGUGCACCCGAAGCUCGGCGCGCAUAUGCAACUUCCCAUCAUCACUUUGCACACGCCGGGCCAUACACCCGAUAGUCUGAGCUGGUACGAUGCGGACGAGCGCGCGCUGUAUGUUGGAGAUGCGUUUUACGAAACGCCUGCUCAGAUUCUGUUUCCGAGUGAGGGCAAUUUGAAGGAGUGGUGGAGGAGCGUUGAUAUGCUCAUUGCGUUUGUGCAGGAGAGGAACGAGGCAGGUACAAGUACGGUCACCCUAUCUGCAGGGCAUGUCACGGCUGGUGUGGAUGCUUUGGAUUGUUUACUCGGGGUCAAGGAGUUCAUGGUGAGGGUGCUGAGGAAUGAGGUGCAGUUCGAAGAAGAACCGAUGAAGAGGGGCGAGAGGUUCGGAUCAUGGAGGGAGGAGGGAGGGAGAUUCAGUCUUGGUGCGCCGUUGAGGCUCAUUGAAGAGGGCAGGAAAGCAAUCCUUGAAAGGGAGUGGAGAGAAUGGAAAAUUGGUGUAACGUCUAGUGCUGUACGAUGAGCUUGCUGGCUGGGUCAGCUGGUUAGCUGGGUUGGUUGGGUUCUAGGCUUCAGCGGCUGGGUUGGUCGCAUUUUGGGUCUGAACUUUACAUAACAGUAGAUGUCAUUCGUAACUCAGGGGUUAUAAUCAGGUUCGUUUUCAUGGCUCGAUGCGGUCGUCCCUCGGCAAGGCAUUCAUCAUUAGUGUACGUUAGCUCUAGCCUCUACUGCUUAGCCUGCUCCUUCUUUUCCGCCUCAGUCAAGCCAAGACUAUCCGUUCCGCUCCUGCUCGUGUCCUUGACAAAGUUUCCGCCAGCUACAACAUCGUUAGCAAUUCAUCUCUCCGUAAACGUUGCGAGCAUCUCAGACAUCGAGAGCAACACAAGGUG